GCCAGUCCGGGCUCAUACCUGCAUGAAAAUCGAAACAGACCAGAAUUCGUCAUAUAGCGACAGAUAUACAAGAAUUUUUCAAUCUCUGCAUGAAACCACGGGCAACGCCCAGAGAAUAAAACCUCAUUGAAAAGCAACAAACUUGUGAAGUAUAUUUGUUCAUAAUGACCGCUGUUCUUGUUGCUCCGAAACGACCCUUCCUUACCCUCCCAUUUCUCCUGCCCUCACUAUCCGAGUCUGUCGCUAUAGAAUCGCGGCGGAAUCAAUCCUCCUACAGACGUACGAAACAGCGCCUACGUGUUAAGCCAGAUGCUUCGUUUGGUGCUUCGUCAGAUCAAUUCCAAGAACAAAUCAUCUACAAUCCUCCUUCAAGCGCACCUUCUGUGUAUCACACGCCAACAAAGUUCCUGCCCGCCGACGACAUUCGAAGAGGCCUACGUACAGAUGCUUCCACGAACAGCCACAAUGCAAAGGAGCUUCCUCCCGUUUUCAAAUCCACUCCCGAGAAGAAGUACCACUUGAAUCAGUCGGACAUCGAGGAAAUCCGCAGACUCCGACUCAGUGACCCCAUGACCUGGAGCCGAUGGAAACUUGCCAAACGUUUUGACUGCUCGCCAAUGUUUAUUGCUAUGGUAUGCGAGGCUAGUCCACAGAAGAAAGAGAUCCAGCGGCAAGUGCUUGAAGCAGUGCAAUCUAGAUGGGGCACAAAGCGGCGGAUGGCCAGGGAAGACCGGCAGUUGCGGAAGGAGUCUUGGGGAAGAGAUGAAUGAGUAUUCUAUUGAUGUUUUCUUCCUAUAUCUUUUCUAUCUGUGACAGGGAUGCUGAAAAGGAAACGGCUAUAAAAAGGAAAAGAAAUACCAUCAAGUCAUGUCUUCGAUCUAGUCAGAGUGGGGUGAAUUACAGCGAUUUGUAUUCUAGCAUUACCACACAUAUUAGUGUGUAACUACUGUAUAUUACCCUUCUAGCCCAUUUAUUCUCCCAAAUCUUUUCAGCA